GCUGCUCCAGCCACGAUGGCCGCUCCGUGCUCCCUGUGGAUGGCGCUGGUCCUGCUGGGGGCCCUGGGGGUCCUGCCGGCCCCGGCUCUGGCCGGCUUCCAGCUGGACCAGUUCCUGGGGCGCUGGUUCGCCGUGGGCCUGGCCUCCAACGCCAGCUGGUUCCUGGAGCAGAAGGACUCCCAGUCCAUGUGCCUGGUCGUGGUGGCCCCGGCCGAGCCCGAGCAAGGGGAUGGAGUCCUCAACCUCACCACCAGCUUCCCCAGGAGAGAGGAGUAUGAGACGCGGAGCAUGCUGCUGUCGCCAACGAACACCCCCGGCCACUACACCUACACCAGCCCCUUCUGGGGCAACACGCAGGACCUGUGGGUGGAGGAGACGGACAGCGAGUAUGCACUGCUGUACACUGUGUGCGCCGGCGAGAACAACGGCUUCCACUUGGCCACGCUGUACAGCCGCACUGAGACCCCGGAGGACGCUGUGAAGGACAAGUUCACCGCCUUCGCCGCCGCCAAGGGCUUCCCCGAGGAGGACAUCCUCUUUCCGCCGUACACGGGUGAGGGGCCACCUCGGGCGGGCAGCGGGCUGCAGCCGGUCAGAGCGGACAGUCUCCUCGCUCCCGGAGGCCAGACCACCCUGAGCAGCGGCAUGGCCUACACAGGGGGCCCUGUCCUCCCCCACGACCGUGGCCCACAGCCCCCCUCCAACCAGCACCCCCGGGGGGCCAGGCCCUGUCGGCCCAGACUCAGGCGUCUCCAGCGGGUGGGGGCGGGCGCUGUGGGCACCGCGGCAGCAGCACUUUGGGGCCCGAACGUGGGCGCCCCGAGGCUCAGGCCCUGGGCCCUGGGGGUCAGGCCGCCUGUCUGCAGCGGGGGUUGGGGAGGGUUGGGAGUGAUGGAGCUGGGGAUGGGUGAGAGGUGGGAGGGGAGGGGCGGGAGUGGCCCUGACCCAGGCACUGACCGCUGCCGUCCCUCGCCUCUUUCUCCGCAGGCAAGUGCAUGGAUGUCUCGCAGUAGGCAGGUGACGGGCCCUCAGGACCUGGCCGGCCGCCCUGCUCCAUGCUCUCGGUGACCCCGAGUCCCAGCCCUGGCUCCCCGACCACCACUCCGGCCCUCGGCUUUGUCCUCCUCUGAGAAUAAAAUCUAAAGCAGCU